AGUAAAAGUAGUUUAGGUGGCUAGGUUUGUUUAGAAAUCUCUCUAUAUCGGAAAUUUGCUUUAACCUCUAAGUGGUUGGAUAAAAUAAGAAAUUUAACGAUGCCUGCGUUUACGGUGAAUGUGAAAUGGGGAAAGGAAAAUUUCAAAAACAUUGAGAUUAAUACCGAUGAAGAGCCGAUGUUGUUCAAAGCACAACUGUUUGCCUUGACUGGCGUCCAGCCAGAUCGACAAAAAGUGCUUUGCAAAGGAAUCAAUCUGAAGGACGAAGAAUGGAAUAUGCCGAUAAAGAAUGGCACGACUCUAUUAUUACUUGGAACGAAGGAAGAAGUUCCGCAGGAGCCGGUGGAAAAACCGAAAUUUAUAGAGGACAUGAAUGAAAGCGAAAUUGCCACGGCUUUUGAUACCCCUGCCGGAUUGGUGAAUUUGGGCAAUACGUGCUACAUGAACGCUACUUUACAAUGUCUGCGUUCGGUACGCGAGUUGCGUGAAGCAUUAAAGGAAUACAAGGAAGAUCCGAGCGGGAGCACUGGAAUGGCAGGUCUAGCAUCACCACAGGCCAUCACCUCGUCGAUGAAAACGUUGUUCGACGACAUGGAACGUAGAAAUGAUUCCAUCACGCCAGCGUUGUUCUUGCAGAGGUUGCACAUUGCUUUUCCAAAUUUUUCACAAACCGGGGAAAAUGGUACUUAUCGCCAGCAAGACGCCAAUGAAUGUUGGUCAGAGCUUUUGAAGAUGUUGCAACAAAAACUUCCAGCUCAAAAACGGUCUGGCGAGCUAACUGUGAAACACAGCUCAUUUAUUGAUCAGUGGUUUGGUGGUUCAUUCGACGUUGAAAUGAAAUGUACCGAGGCCGAAGAAGAACCCGCAAGUAAAUCAAAGGAAAAUUUCCUUCAACUAAGCUGUUUCAUAUCCACGGAAGUUAAGUACAUGCAUUCGGGUUUGAGGCUGAGACUAAAGGAACAAUUGACAAAGAUGUCCCCGUCACUCGGCCGAGAUGCUAUUUACUCAAAAACGUCGUUGAUCAGUCGCUUGCCAGCCUACCUGACUGUACAGUUCGUUCGGUUCCAGUAUAAAGGCAAGGAAGGAAUCAACGCUAAAGUGCUGAAGGAUAUUAAGUUUCCCCUGGAAUUCGAUGCAUUUGAGCUAUGCUCUUCGGAAUUGCAGGAAAAGCUUUCGCCAAUGCGAACCAAGUUCAACGAGGUUGCAAACGCCGAAGUAGAACGCACACUUCAAGGAAAAAACAAAUCGAAAGCCGAUCUAGAAAAAGAGAAACCUAAGACUGUUGCCCAGCCGUACUGCUUUGAAGAUGAUCUUGGUAGUAACAACAGCGGUUACUACACACUGCAGGCCGUUCUUACGCACCAGGGUCGAUCAAGCUCGUCCGGACAUUACGUUGGCUGGGUGAGACAGAAGGAGGAUCAGUGGAUUAUGUUUAACGACGAUCAUGUUUCGCCGGUGGACGCGGAAUCCAUCUUGAAGCUGUCCGGCGGCGGCGAUUGGCACUGCGCGUAUGUGCUUUUGUAUGGGCCGAAAAUUCUGGAACUGCCAGUGGACAUGUUGGGCAAGGAUGCGGGUGGUGACGUGCAGCAGAAAGAAGAUCAGCAAGCACCAGCUUCAGGAGAUCAUAUGUCCGUUGAUUAGUUUAUAUUCCAUUGGAAUUUUGUUUGUUUCGUCUGUGUCGUCUAUGGUGCGCGAUGUCUCGGCUAUUGUAAAAUAUGGCCCAUUUACCGUGCGAUCCCGGAAACGCGACACGAAAGAGGAUGAUGUAGUUUCUGGUGCUACCGCGAUGCGAAAGAACCAUAUACAGAUUUGAAAGAACCGAGAUGAGUGAGCGAAGAAGAAAAAAAACGAAUGAAUAAAUAAAUAUU